GUCCAAAGCAAAAGCCCAACUGAGCCUACUACAAAAAAUCCCCGUAUUGCAAACCCUAACUUUCACUACCUUCAUCACUACCGCACCAACCUUUCCAACCUUUCUUCCGGCGCCUGCACUUUUACGACUCCGAAAAUGCCGUUCAAGAGGUACGUUGAGAUCGGAAGAAUUGCUCUUGUCAACUAUGGAAAGGAUUAUGGAAAGCUUGUCGUCAUCGUUGACGUCAUUGAUCAAAACAGGGCUCUUGUUGAUGCACCUGACAUGGUGAGGGGCCAAAUUAAUUUCAAAAGGCUAACACUCACAGACAUCAAGAUUGACAUCAAAAGAGUCCCAAAUAAGAAAACUCUAAUUGCUGCUUUGGAGGCUGCUGAUGUCAAGAACAAGUGGGAGAGUAGUUCUUGGGGAAGAAAGCUUAUUGUGCAGAAGAAGAGAGCGUCACUUAAUGAUUUUGAUAGGUUCAAGAUCAUGUUGGCCAAGAUUAAGAAGGCUGGAGUUGUAAGGCAAGAGCUAGCAAAGCUUAAGAAGGAAACCACAGCCUAAUAAUGGCAUUUUGUUUUUGUUACAAAAGAUUUUUCUCAACUGUUGAGGAAGCUAUUAUUGGCUGCUUAGAAGUUUGUGUUUUACCUGUUUUUGUUCUUUCUCAAUGUAUCAAAGGAAACCUGAUGGCAAGUUUUAAACUUAUGUUUUGGUUACAAUUUUUAUGAAAAUGUUUUUUUUGGUUCUA